AAAAGAAACAGAGAGAGAAAAUCUAGGUAUUGAAAGAGGAGAUAUAUACGGAGUGUAUAUCUCUGUACGUAUCUUACGUAAUACUUGGAGAUUGAUUUCCACAAUCAAUUUUCUAUGCAUGGUAGGAGUAUAUAUAUAAAUAUAUAUAUGAACUGAUCGAGAGAUAAGAAGAAGAUAUAUAAACAUUUCCCCAAUUUCUUCACUAGGGUUCAGCACUAUCUCUGACGAUCAAUCAAUCCGUAUUUGAUUCUCCUUGUCACUGUCAGAUUUCAUCAGAAUGGGCGGCGGCGAGGCGGCGCACGGCGGAGACGAUUCGAGCAACCGCGUCGGAGAAGAAGUGACUGUCGACGUCAGCUGCGCGAACGGCUCGGAAUUCUCUGUUCAUGUGUACUUGGACUCAACCGUUGAAUUUUUCAAGUCAAUCCUUGCUCGGAAAUGCGAAAUCCCCAUACAUCAGCAGCGUUUAAUCUACAGAGGCCGCAUUUUGAAGGACGAUCAAACUCUUCAGAGCUACGGUCUUGAGGCUGACCAUACUGUCUACUUGGUACGAAGUUUUGCAACAGCUGUAACUGCAGCUUCAACGGAUGCUGGAGUUCGAAGUACAAAUCCAAUUCCAAGCACAGGUGCAGGUUCCAGUGAAGGUGUGCGACGAGGAGGAUCUGAGUUUGGAUCUUCUUUGUCCCCUGGACUUGGCCUAACUGGAUUAGAAAGUGCUAGGAAUAUAUUUCAAGAAAGGCUGCAACAGUUAAUUCAAAACCCCGACAUGCUUAGCAAUAUGUUUAAUAUGCCGUCUUUUCAGAAUAUAAUCAAUAAUCCCGAAACAAUCCGCAAUGUGAUUGUGAACAAUCCUCAACUGAGCGAUAUUAUGGACCGUAACCCAGAGCUUGCACAGAUACUUAAUGAUCCUUCGGGCCUCCGUCAGGCUGUGGAAGCCUUACGGGACCCUGAUAUAAUGCGUGAAACAAUGCGUGAAGUGAUGCGUCUUAAUGCUGAUGACAUUAUCCACAUUGCACAGAUUUUUGAACCAGGAGUACCUGCGGAGGCUGCAACUACAGCUGAUGCAGGUUUUAGUGAAGAUGGCCCACUUGGAGGAUCUGCAUUUGGGUCUUCAUUGUUUCCUGGACUUGGCCUCGAUGGAUUAGGAAGUGCUAGUGAUAUAUUUGAACAAUUACGGCAACAGUUAACUCAGAACCGCAACAUGAUUAGAGAUAUUUCUAAUAUGCCGUUUGUUCAGAAUAUAAUGAACAAUCCUGAAACUAUACGCAACAUUAUCACUGACAAUCCUCAAAUGCGCGAGUUUAUUGACCGUAACCCAGAUAUUGCACACAUACUUAAUGAUCCCGAGACCCUCCGUCAGGCAAUGGAGCCUUCACAUAGCCCGGAAAUAAUGCGUGAGCGGAUGCGCAACAAUGACAGGGCAAUGAGCAACAUUGAAUCUUUUCCUGGGGGCUUUAACAUGCUAAGACAGAUGUAUGAAAAUGUGCAAGAACCCCUUGAGGCCCUGUUGGGAGCUCAAGUUGACAGACUUGGCAGUUGGAAUUCAAAUAAUUCUGUAUCUGCUGGACCUGAAGUCACAACCAAUUCCUCUGGUCCAAAUACAAGACCACUUCCAAAUCCCUGGAAUUCUGCUGGCGCUGGAGGAAUGCAGACAAACUUUGGUAUCCCAGUUCUUGAGCGCACGCCGGGUUCUAUGCCAGUUGGAUCUUCUUCUAAUCAGUUAAUGCAAAAUCCAUCCAUGUACGACAUCAUGGAGAAUCUCUUAGCAAGUCCACAGUACAUGAAUCAGCUGCUGGGCAUGGCUAACUCCAAUCCUGCUGAGUUUAUUAAUCACUUAAGAAUGUCACAGCAACUUCAAAGUUCUCUGUCAUCUCAACUUGGUAGCCAGCCAUCUGUAGAACCUGGUCGAAAUGCUGCUGGAGAAACAGGUCGAAAUGCUGCUGGGGAAACAGCUGCAACAGCUGACAACAUGGGAUUGGAUAUGUUAAUGAACAUGUUUCGGGGACUCGGGACUGUUGGUGGCAUGACCACUCCAAAUAGUUCUCAAGCCCCCCCUGAGGAAUUAUACGCUACUCAACUCUCUCAGUUACGAGAAAUGGGAUUCAUCGAUACUCAAGAAAACAUCAGAGCAUUGAUUGCCGCUGCUGGGAAUGUUGGUGCUGCUGUGGAACGCCUUGUGGGAAAUUCUUAUCGAUAGAGCCAUCAUAUUCUAUCUUUCCUGUUCAUACGUAGCUUUCGAGAUGGAAUUUGGACAAUGCAGAUCACGGUACAUUCAUAUCAUACGACAAAAACCAACUUGAAUAGGUUUGUCUAACAAAUCUUUUGUCGCAUCACUUUGAAAAAGAAAACGGAAACAAACAAGAAACACACGCAAUAUUGAGUGUGUUGUAAAUACAACGUGAAUUCGCAGUAUACUCGGUCUCUUUACUAUGAUUGGUUGGGGGUGUAGAUUCUUGAUAUUCCCUGUUCUAGAAAAUUUUGUAUCGCUAACAAAAUCCCGGUGGUUCGGGUCGUAUCAAAAUUGUUUUUUUCCCCUGUACAGUGAUCUAACAAGUCGUAACUCGUAUAUCUCUAGACCAACUUUCUUGUUGACAUGAAAACUUCCUUGCAAUGUUGCAUUAUAGAAGUUUGUUAGUCUCUU